CACUGCUCGCGCACUGCGGCCGGAAGGUAGGAAACCAACACGGGAAUAAAAGAGACAGACAUCCGACAAAACUGAAGCUUCCAGUUCCAUCAUAAAUUCGCAGUCAAAAGACGAAUAUCAUCAAGUUACUCAUCGAACAGGAGAAUAUAACGGAGGAAAGAUGAAUCCGAUCCAGAUCGCAGUGCAGUAUGAUAAUGGAUACGAUGAGAACGAGUAUAUGAUGCAGGAGGAGGAAUGGGACCGGGAUUUACUGCUGGACCCAGCAUGGGAAAAACAGCAACGGAAGACCUUCACAGCCUGGUGUAACUCUCACCUGAGGAAGGCUGGCACACAGAUUGAGAACAUAGAAGAAGAUUUCAGGAAUGGCCUCAAACUAAUGCUGCUGCUUGAAGUGAUCUCAGGUGAGAGGUUACCCAAGCCUGACAGAGGAAAAAUGCGUUUUCACAAGAUAGCCAAUGUGAACAAAGCCCUUGUUUUCAUCACCAGUAAAGGAGUAAAAUUGGUCUCUAUUGGAGCUGAAGAAAUUGUGGAUGGGAAUGUGAAGAUGACUCUUGGAUUGAUUUGGACCAUCAUCCUUCGCUUCGCCAUCCAUGAUAUCUCUGUAGAAGAAACUUCUGCCAAAGAAGGACUUCUACUAUGGUGUCAGAGGAAGACUGCUCCCUAUAGGAAUGUCAAUGUUCAGAACUUUCAUGUCAGCUGGAAGGAUGGAUUGGCGCUGUGCGCUCUCAUCCACAGGCACAGGCCUGACCUUAUUGACUACUCCAAGCUCAACAAGGAUGAUGCACUGGGUAAUCUGAAUCUGGCAUUUGACAUUGCUGAAAAACAUCUGGACAUCCCCAAAAUGUUGGAUGCAGAGGACAUUCUGAACACCCCUAAGCCUGAUGAGAGAGCUAUUAUGACAUAUGUGUCCUGCUUCUACCAUGCAUUUGCUGGAGCUGAACAGGCUGAAACUGCUGCUAACAGGAUUUGUAAGGUGCUGGGAGUGAAUCAGGAAAAUGAGAAGUUGAUGGAAGAAUAUGAAAGACUGGCUAGUGAGCUGUUGGAGUGGAUUAGACGUACCAUCCCCUGGCUGGAGAACCGUGUGGCGGAGAAGACUAUGGCAGAGAUGCAGCGGAAGCUGGAGGAUUUCCGAGAUUACCGCAGAUUGCACAAACCGCCCAGAGUGCAGGAGAAGAGUCAGCUAGAGAUCAGCUUCAACACCCUGCAGACUAAACUCCGCAUCAGCAACCGGCCUGCCUUCAUGCCCUCUGAGGGAAAGAUGGUGUCGGACAUAGCAAGUGCUUGGCAGGGGCUGGAACAGGCUGAGAAGGGCUAUGAGGAAUGGUUGUUGACUGAAAUUCGGAGACUGGAAAGAUUGGACCAUUUGGCAGAGAAAUUCAGACAGAAAGCCACCAACCAUGAGUGCUGGGCUGCAGGUAAGGAGGAGAUGUUGACACGGAAGGAUUUUGAGUCAGCAUCACUAAUGGAAGUUCGAGCUUUGCUGCGGAAGCACGAGGCAUUUGAGAGUGACCUUUCCGCUCACCAGGACAGAGUCGAGCAGAUUGCUGCUAUUGCUCAGGAGCUCAAUGAGCUGGACUAUCAUGAUGUGGCAUCAGUGAAUCAAAGGUGUCAAAGUAUCUGUGACCUCUGGGACCAACUGGGCACACUCACCCAGAAACGCAGAGAGUCACUGGAGAGGACAGAGAAGCUUCUGGAGACAGUGGAGCAGUUGUUUCUGGAAUACGCAAAGAGAUCUGCACCCUUCAAUAACUGGAUGGAGGGAGCCAUGGAAGACCUGCUGGACAUGUUUAUAGUGCACACCAUAGAGGAGGUCCAGAGUCUGAUAGCUGGUCACGAGCAGUUUAAAGCUACUCUUCCUGAGGCAGAUGCAGAGAGGAAGGCCAUAGUCAGCAUUCAGCAGGAAGUCCUAAAAAUCUCCCAUAGUUAUGGUAUCCGUGCAGAUCUCACCAACCCCUACAGCACCAUAACUCCUGAAGAGAUCGCCGCCAAGUGGGACAAGGUGAAGAAGUUGGUUCCCCAGCGUGACAGUGCACUGCAGGAGGAGUUAGCCCGACAGCAUGCUAAUGAAAGGCUCAGACGCCAGUUUGCGGCCCAGGCCAACCUCAUUGGACCCUGGAUACAGACCAGGAUGGAGGAAAUUGGCCGUUGUUCUGUGGCGAUGGGUGGGACGCUGGAGGAUCAGAUGACCCAGCUGAAGCAGUAUGAGCAUGUGAUUGUGAGCUACAAACCCAACAUUGACAGACUGGAGGGAGACCACCAACUCAUCCAGGAGUCACUUAUCUUUGACAACAAACACACAAACUACACCAUGGAGCACAUCCGUGUUGGAUGGGAGCUCCUCUUGACUACGAUCGCUCGUACUAUAAAUGAAAUUGAGACUCAGAUUCUGACACGCGAUGCAAAGGGCAUCAGCCAGAAACAGAUGAACGAAUUCCGCUCCUCGUUCAACCACUUUGAUCGGGAAGAGAAGAGUAAUCUCAUGCCUGAUGAGUUUAAAGCAUGUCUGAUCAGCCUUGGUAAUGUGGGAAAUGAUAAACAGAAGAAGAACGGUGCAAUGGAUUCUGAUGACUUUAGGGCCUGUCUGAUCUCAAUGGGCUAUGAUCUGGGUGAAGUGGAGUUUGCUCGGAUCAUGAUGCUGGUUGAUCCAAACACAACAGGUGUUGUGUCGUUCCAGUCCUUCAUUGACUUCAUGACCAGAGAGACAGCAGACACAGAUACAGCUGAACAGGUCAUCGCCUCCUUCAGGAUCCUCGCUGCAGACAAGCCGUAUAUUCUGGCAGAUGAGCUAAGGCGUGAGCUUCCUCCAGAUCAGGCAGAGUACUGCAUUAGCAGGAUGCCCCCAUAUACCGGCAGUGGAGCUUUAAAUGGAGCCCUGGACUACACCGCCUUCUCCACUGCCCUCUACGGAGAGAGUGACCUUUAACUUCAGUACCUGACCUUUGAUCUUGAAAAUUCCACCUCACUUGUUACCCUAGUAAAUUCUUUACCCAGCGGAUCCAGUGCACCAAAGAAAUUAAAACAUGCAAGUUACAUGAAACAAAUUUUUAUUUCCAUAUUCACAGUAAAUAUUAUUCGCUAGUUGAUAUAGAUAUUAUGGUUUAUUAAAUAAAACAUUUUUUAAAUAAAACCUUUGGAACGCAGUCAAAAUGCAGCCAAUAAAGUGAAAAUUUUGCCAUUUAGCUGCAAGCUUAUGAAAUUGAUAUUCACUUUGUUCCUAUUGAAUUUGUGGUAAUGGUAAGAAUAUCAGACUGUCAUUCAUGUAUUGCUUUUGGUCAUGUAGUACAAUAACAAUUGAGAUACAACGUGUCGCUCUAUAUCACAUUAUAUUUGUUUGAAAAAAAAUAUCAGUAAUGCACUAAGCAUUUUAAGUUAUGCAUUUUUUUCUUUUUUCUUUCAAGAAUUAAAUCCUUUGCCUUUGCAAGUGUAAAACCUACAAUAUGGAAGAUUUUGCUAAUUGAAUUACUCUCAAAUUGCCAUGGUUAAUUGAGAAAGUCUAGUUUCCUUUUAUUUUACCCUGGUAGUAUCCCUCAAAACAUGCAGAGCAGAAUUCUAGAAUUGCUGGAAUUUUACUGAGGUGCAGCAUAUCAUCUCAGAUAAUCAGGGGAUGUUUUUACCAGUUAGGACACUCAGUGUGAAUUAUAUUAUUUUUAUAUACGGAUUCUUCUUUGACAACAUCACCUGACCCUUUGCUACAGUGCCUGAUAUACAGUAAUAUUUUAUAAAGUAAGGAGAGGAGGCAUGUAUCAUUCUCAUUAGUGAGUCAGUAAGCAUGAGCGCACCAAAUACACACUGCAAAAAAUACUUUUCUUAAUUACUGUAGUAUUUUUGUUUUGUUCUCCAGUGAAAAUAUCCAAACAUUCUCAAAACAAGUAAAAUUUAAAAAUAUCUUGUUUUCAGAAAUCUGACUAAAUCUAUUAAAGUUUAUGCUUAAAACAAGAAAAAAACUAUAAACUUAUUUCAAAGGGUAAACAAGUAUAUUUGUCUUACCCCCAAAUGGUAUAUAUAUAUAUAUAUAUAUAUAUAUAUAUAUAUAUAUAUAUAUAUAUAUAUAUAUAUAUAUAUAUUCUUGUUUUAAGCAUAAGUUUACUCAGUUUUAGAUUUCUCAGUUAGAUUUCUCUGAAGACAAGACUUGAUAUACCAUUUUGCUUGUCAAGUAAAUAUAUCUUUUAAGAAUAUUUAGAUAUUUUUACUGGAAAACAAGACAAAAAUCCCUUUUUUUUUUCUUUUUGCAGUAUACUGAUUUUGUUGCACUCGAUAAAAGAUGUUUGAACAUUUUCAUCAAGUCAAGAAGUUGUAUGCAAUCUACAGAUAAAAACAAAAAUUAUUUUGUGACAAUACCUGACUUUUUUGGGAGUAUUCAGUUGUACUCUUCCAGGUUCAAAUGUCUUCAUGUUAAAAUGUUUGGGAUAUUAAAACUAUUUGAUUUCCAGAAAUGUCAGUCAAACUUAAUUUGAAGAAAGGUCACACCAGUGGCAUAUACUGUGACAUUGCAUUGUGAUUUUGCAUUUCAAUUUGUUAUCCCACAAAAAUACCUUUAAUACACAACAAUGAAAGUGAUUGUGAAUGUUUUUGGUGUUAAAUUACUAUGAGCAAGAAGGCCAAAUAUGUUGGUUUUACAGUCACACAAAUAAAAAAUAAAUCUUAUUAAAUCAA